AACAGUUCUCUCUUGUAGCUUCCAAUAAAGGCUUGCCAGCAGAAUACCCACACCAAAGUCAGCACGGAGCACAACAAGGAAUGUCUCAUCAACAUUUCCAAGUACAAGUUUUCCCUGGUCAUCAGUGGUCUCACCAAUAUCUUAAAAAAUGUUAAUAACAUGAGAAUAUUUGGAGAAACUGCUGAAAAGAAUUUAUAUCUAUCUCAGCUGAUUAUCUUGGAUACACUGGAAAAAUGUCUGGCAGGGCAACCGAAGGACACCAUGCGCCUGGACGAGACCAUGCUGGUGAAGCAGCUGCUGCCUGAGAUCUGCCACUUCAUCCACACCUACCGCGAGGGCAACCAGCACGCGGCCGAGCUGCGCAGCUGCGCCUCGGGGGUGCUCUUCUCGCUCAGCUGCAACAACUUCAACGCCGUCUUCAGCCGCAUCUCCACCAGAUUGCAGGAACUGACUGUUUGUUCAGAAGAUAAUGCUGAUGUUCAUGAUAUUGAACUUUUACAGUACAUCAGUGUGGAUUGUUCAAAACUCAAGCGACUCUUACAAGAGACUGUAUUCAAGUUUAAAGCCCUUAAGAAAGUAGCUCAGUUAGCUGUUAUCAACAGUCUUGAGAAGGCGUUUUGGAACUGGGUGGAAAACUAUCCUGACGAAUUCACCAAGCUGUACCAAACCCCUCAGACUGACAUGGCUGAUUGUGCAGAGAAGUUGUUUGAUUUAGUGGAUGGCUUUGCUGAAAGCACAAAGCGUAAAGCAGCAGUGUGGCCACUGCAGAUCAUCCUCCUGGUCCUGUGUCCAGAGAUAAUCCAAGAUAUAGCAAAGGAUGUGGUAGAGGAAACAAAAAUGAACAAGAAGCUGUUCCUGGACAAUCUCAGGAAGGCCUUGGCAGGACACAGUGGGAGCAGGCAGCUGACUGAAAGUGCUGCUAUUGCUUGUGUUAAACUGUGCAAAGCAUCUACGUACAUCAACUGGGAAGAUAAUUCCGUCAUUUUCCUGCUAGUGCAGUCCAUGGUAGUAGAUCUUAAGAAUUUGCUGUUUAACCCAAGCAAACCUUUUUCAAGAGGCAAUCAGAAUGCAGAUGUAGACCUGAUGAUUGACUGCUUGGUUUCCUGCUUCCGCAUAAAUCCUCACAAUAACCAGCACUUCAAGAUCUGCUUGGCACAGAAUUCCCCAUCAACAUUUCAUUAUGUGCUGGUAAAUUCACUCCACCGAAUCAUCACAAACUCGGCGCUGGACUGGUGGCCGCGGAUCGACGCCGUGUACUGCCACGCCGUGGAGCUGCGCAGCAUGUUCAGCGACACCCUGCACCGCGCCAUGCAGGGCUGCGGGGCACACCCCGCCAUCCGCAUGACCCCGAGCCUUACAUUUAAGGAGAAAAUGACAAGCCUUAAAUUUAAAGAAAAACCUACUGAUUUGGAAACCAGAAGCUACAAGUUCUUGCUGUUGUCCUUGGUGAAAUUGAUCCACGCAGAUCCAAAGCUUUUGCUGUGUAACCCCAGGAAGCAGGGCCCCGACUCGCAGGGCAGCACGGCUGAGCUGAUCACGGGGCUGGUGCAGCUGGUGCCGCAGUCCAGCAUGCCCGACAUCGCCCAGGAGGCCAUGGAGGCUUUGCUGGUUCUGCACCAGUUGGACAGCAUUGACUUGUGGAAUCCUGAUGCUCCUAUAGAAACAUUCUGGGAGAUCAGCUCACAAAUGCUUUUUUAUAUCUGCAAGAAGCUUACGAGUCAUCAGAUGCUCAGCAGUACAGAAAUCCUCAAGUGGCUGCGAGAGAUUCUCAUCUGUAGGAAUAAAUUUCUGCUAAAAAACAAACAAUCAGAUAGGAGUUCCUGCCAUUUCCUCUUCCUUUAUGAUGUCUCUGGAAGUGGAACUAGUCAAAUUUCUCUUGACCAUGACGAAAUGAUACGCUGUGCACCAGGGGCUACCCUGAGGAAAGGGAAGGGGAAUUCUUCCAUAGAAAGCACAGCAGGCUGCAGUGGAACACCGAUCUGCCGCCAAGCCCAGACCAAGCUGGAAGUGGCCUUAUACAUGUUCCUGUGGAGCCCAGAUAUCGAGGCAGUCCUGGUGGCCAUGUCCUGCUUCCGUCACCUCUGUGAGGAGGCCGACAUCAGAUGUGGAGUAGAUGAGGUCUCAGUGCAUAAUUUUUUGCCAAACUACAACACUUUCAUGGAGUUUGCAUCUGUGAGCAACAUGAUGUCAACAGGGAGAGCAGCUCUUCAGAAGAGAGUAAUGGCGUUAUUGAGGCGCAUUGAGCACCCCACUGCAGGCAACACAGAGGCCUGGGAGGAUACGCAUGCAAAAUGGGAACAAGCUACAAAACUAAUCCUUAACUAUCCAAAGACCAAAAUGGAAGAUGGGCAGGUGGCUGAGAGCCUGCACAAGACGAUCGUGAAGCGGCGGAUGUCGCACGUCAGCGGCGGCGGCUCCAUCGACCUGUCAGACACGGAGUCACUGCAGGAGUGGAUCAACAUGACCGGGUUCCUGUGUGCCCUGGGCGGGGUGUGCCUGCAGCACCGCAGCAGCGCAGGACUGGCCACCUACAGCCCCCCCAUGGGCCCCCUCAAUGAGCGCAAGGGCUCCAUGAUCUCCAUGGUCUCCACCGAGGGCAGCGUGGAGACCCCGGUCAGCAAAUUCAUCGACCGCCUGCUCACACUGAUGGUCUGCAACCACGAGAAGGUGGGGCUGCAGAUACGGACCAACAUCAAAGACCUGGUGGGGCUGGAGCUCAGUCCAGCACUUUAUCCAAUGCUCUUCAACAAACUGAAGAAUACCAUCAGCAAGUUCUUUGAUUCUCAAGGACAGGUGUUGUUAACUGACACCAACACACAAUUUGUAGAGCAAACCAUUGCUAUAAUGAAGAAUUUGCUUGACAAUCACACAGAAGGGAGCUCAGAACACCUCGGACAAGCAAGCAUUGAGACAAUGAUGCUGAAUCUGGUUAGGUAUGUGCGUGUGCUUGGAAAUCUGGUACAUGCCAUUCAAAUAAAAACAAAGCUCUGCCAGUUAGUAGAAGUAAUGAUGGAAAGGAGAGAUGACCUUUCAUUUUGUCAAGAAAUGAAAUUUAGGAACAAAAUGGUGGAAUAUUUGACAGACUGGGUAAUGGGAACAUCAAACCAAGCAACAGACGAGGAUGUGAAAUGCUUGACAAGAGAUUUGGACCAGGCGAGUAUGGAAGCAGUGGUCUCUCUUCUUGCUGGGCUUCCACUCCAGCCUGAAGAAGGAGAUGGUGUUGAGUUGAUGGAAGCAAAAUCUCAACUAUUUCUCAAGUACUUCACGCUGUUCAUGAACCUGCUGAACGACUGCAGCGAGGCGGAGGAGGACGGGGCGGCGGCGGGCGGGCGCAAGCGUGGGAUGUCGCGCAGGCUGGCGUCGCUGCGCCACUGCACCGUGCUGGCCAUGUCCAACCUGCUCAACGCCAACGUGGACAGCGGCCUCAUGCACUCCAUAGGCUUGGGCUACCACAAAGACCUCCAGACUAGAGCCACGUUUAUGGAAGUCCUCACCAAAAUCCUGCAGCAGGGGACGGAGUUUGAUACCUUGGCAGAAACGGUGCUAGCAGAUCGGUUUGAGAGAUUGGUGGAGUUGGUUACAAUGAUGGGUGAUCAGGGGGAGCUUCCUAUUGCUAUGGCUUUAGCCAAUGUGGUGCCUUGCUCUCAGUGGGAUGAGCUGGCUCGUGUCCUGGUCACACUCUUUGAUUCCCGACACCUGCUCUACCAGCUCCUCUGGAAUAUGUUCUCAAAGGAGGUCGAGUUGGCAGACUCCAUGCAGACACUCUUCCGAGGAAACAGCUUAGCCAGUAAAAUAAUGACUUUCUGUUUUAAGGUCUAUGGUGCUACAUAUUUGCAGAAGCUUUUGGAACCUUUGCUGCGGACUGUGAUCACGUCCCCUGAGUGGCAGCACGUCAGCUUUGAGGUGGAUCCAACAAGGCUGGAGCCUACAGAAAGCCUUGAAGAGAACCAGAGGAGUCUCUUGCAAAUGACAGACAAGUUUUUUCAGGCAAUCAUUAAUUCCUCCUCGGAGUUCCCACCCCAGCUGCGCAGUGUGUGCCAUUGUUUAUACCAGGCAACUUGCCACUCUCUACUGAAUAAAGCUACCGUAAAAGAAAAAAAGGAAAACAAAAAAUCAGUGGUGAGCCAGCGCUUCCCCCAGAACAGCAUCGGGGCCGUGGGCAGCGCCAUGUUCCUGCGUUUCAUCAACCCUGCCAUCGUGUCCCCGUACGAGGCGGGCAUCCUGGACAAGAAACCCCCGCCCCGCAUCGAGCGCGGCCUCAAGCUCAUGUCAAAGAUCCUUCAGAGUAUUGCUAACCAUGUGCUGUUUACAAAGGAGGAGCACAUGCGGCCUUUCAAUGACUUUGUGAAGAGCAAUUUUGACGCAGCACGAAGGUUUUUCCUCGACAUCGCCUCCGACUGCCCGGCCAGUGACACCGUCAACCACAGCCUGUCCUUCAUCAGCGACGGCAACGUGCUGGCACUGCACCGCCUGCUCUGGAACAACCAGGAGAAAAUCGGCCAGUACCUGUCCAGCAACAGGGACCAUAAGGCUGUUGGACGACGACCUUUUGACAAGAUGGCAACACUUCUUGCCUACCUGGGGCCUCCUGAGCACAAACCUGUGGCAGAUACACAUUGGUCCAGCUUAAAUCUCACUAGUUCCAAGUUUGAAGAGUUUAUGACAAGGCAUCAAGUACACGAAAAGGAGGAGUUCAAAGCACUGAAAACAUUAAAUAUUUUCUACCAAGCUGGGACAUCCAAAGUUGGCAAUCCUGUUUUCUACUACAUUGCUCGGCGGUUCAAGACUGGUCAGAUCAACGGGGAUUUGCUGAUCUACCACGUACUGCUGACCUUGAAGCCAUACUAUGCAAAGCCAUAUGAAAUCGUGGUGGACCUCACACAUGCUGGCCCCAGUAAUCGUUUUAAAACAGACUUUCUUUCUAAAUGGUUUGUAGUUUUUCCAGGCUUUGCUUAUGAAAAUGUCGCAGCAGUUUUUAUUUAUAACUGUAACUCUUGGGUCAGAGAAUACACCAAAUACCAUGAAAGGCUCUUGACAGGUUUGAAAGGGAGCAAAAGGCUUGUUUUCAUAGACUCUCCAGGGAAACUGGCAGAGCACAUCGAACACGAUCAGCAGAAACUCCCAGCAGCUACCUUGGCUUUGGAGGAGGACUUGAAAGUGUUUCACAAUGCUCUCAAACUGGCUCAUAAAGACACCAAAGUUUCUAUUAAAGUUGGCUCAACAGCGGUGCAGGUGACGUCGGCAGAGCGCACGCGGGUGCUGGGCCAGACCGUGUUCCUCAAUGACAUCUACUACGCCUCUGAGAUCGAGGAGAUCUGCCUGGUGGAUGAGAACCAGUUCACCCUGACCAUUGCCAACCAGGGCACCCCCCUCACCUUCAUGCACCAGGAGUGUGAAGCCAUCGUCAGGUCCAUCAUCCACAUCCGCACGCGGUGGGAGCUGUCCCAGCCCGACUCCAUCCCCCAGCACACCAAGAUCCGCCCCAAGGACGUGCCCGGGACGCUGCUCAACAUCGCCCUGCUCAACCUGGGCAGCUCCGACCCCAGCCUGCGGUCUGCUGCCUAUAAUCUUCUAUGUGCCUUAACCUGUACCUUUAAUUUAAAGAUUGAGGGCCAGUUACUGGAAACUUCAGGUCUGUGUAUCCCUGCCAACAACACCCUAUUUAUUGUAUCUAUCAGUAAGACUCUUGCAGCAAAUGAGCCACACCUCACUUUGGAGUUCUUGGAGGAGUGUAUUUCAGGAUUUAGCAAAUCCAGCAUUGAGCUGAAGCACCUGUGCCUGGAGUACAUGACACCCUGGCUGUCCAACCUGGUGCGCUUCUGCAAGCACAACGACGACGCCAAGCGCCAGCGCGUCACUGCCAUCCUGGACAAGCUCAUCACCAUGACCAUCAAUGAGAAACAGAUGUACCCUUCCAUUCAGGCCAAGAUAUGGGGCAGUCUGGGACAGAUAACAGAUCUCCUGGAUGUAGUGUUGGACAGUUUCAUCAAAACCAGUGCCACAGGGGGCUUGGGCUCCAUCAAAGCUGAAGUGAUGGCAGACACAGCUGUAGCACUGGCUUCUGGCAAUGUCAAACUGGUGUCAAGCAAAGUGAUUGGGAGGAUGUGUAAAAUCAUUGACAAGACCUGUCUGUCCCCUACUCCCACGCUGGAGCAGCACCUGAUGUGGGAUGACAUUGCCAUUCUGGCUCGGUACAUGCUCAUGCUCUCCUUCAACAACUCCCUGGACGUGGCAGCACAUCUCCCCUACCUUUUCCACGUGGUGACUCUGCUGGUGGCCACAGGGCCCCUUUCCCUCAGAGCUUCCACUCAUGGGCUCGUCAUCAACAUCAUUCACUCUCUUUGCACUUGUUCACAGCUUCACUUCAGUGAGGAGACCAAGCAAGUUUUAAGGCUGAGCUUGACUGAGUUCUCUCUGCCCAAGUUUUAUUUGCUGUUUGGGAUCAGCAAAGUGAAGUCUGCAGCGGUGAUCGCGUUCCGCUCCAGCUACCGCGACAGGUCCUUCUCGCCCGGCUCCUACGAGCGCGAGACCUUCGCCCUGACCUCGCUGGAGACGGUCACCGAGGCCCUGCUGGAGAUCAUGGAGGCUUGUAUGAGGGAUAUUCCAACAUGCAAGUGGCUGGACCAGUGGACUGAACUAGCUCAAAAGUUUGCAUUCCAGUACAACCCCUCCCUGCAGCCAAGAGCACUGGUUGUCUUUGGCUGUAUAAGUAAACGAGUGUCUCAUGGACAAAUAAAACAAAUAAUCCGAAUUCUCAGCAAGGGACUUGAGAGCUGUUUAAAAGGCCCUGAUAAUUACAAUAGCCAAGUUCUAAUAGAAGCCACAGUUAUAGCCCUCACCAAGUUGCAGCCUCUUCUUAACAAGGACUCCCCUAUGCACAAGGCUCUGUUCUGGGUGGCCAUGGCCGUGCUGCAGCUGGAUGAGGUGAACCUGUACUCGGCAGGGACAGCCCUGCUGGAGCAGAACCUGCACACGCUGGACAGCCUGCGCGUGUUCAACGACAAGAGCCCAGAAGAAGUGUUCAUGGAGAUUAGGAGACCACUUGAAUGGCACUGCAAGCAGAUGGAUCAUUUCGUUGGGCUAAAUUUCAACUCCAACUUCAACUUUGCACUAGUGGGACAUCUCCUGAAAGGGUACAGGCAUCCUUCCCCUACCACUGUAGCAAGAACUGUGAGGAUUUUGCACACACUCCUUGCUCUGGUUAACAAACACAGGAACUGUGACAAGUUCGAGGUGAACACCCAGAGCGUGGCUUACCUGGCAGCCCUGCUGACGGUGUCAGAGGAGGUGCGGAGCCGCUGCAGCCUCAAGCACAGGAAGUCUCUCUUGUUGACAGACGUUUCAAUGGAAAAUGUUCCCAUGGAUACAUACCCCAUCCAUCACAGUGACACGAGCUAUAGGACACUAAAGGAACACCAGCCCUGGUCAUCCCCCAAAGGGUCAGACAGACACCUGGCUGCCAGUUACCCAACAGUGGGACAGAUCAGCCCUCGCACCCGGAAAUCCAUGAGCUUGGACAUGGGGCAGCCUUCACAAGCCAACACUAAAAAGCUUCUAGGUACAAGGAAAAGUUUUGACCAUUUGAUAUCGGACACAAAGGCUCCUAAAAGGCAAGACAUGGAAUCUGGAAUCACAACGCCUCCCAAAAUGAGGAGAGUAGCCGAAAAUGAUUAUGAAAUGGAAACCCAGAGAAUAUCACCACAGCAACACCCACACCUCCGGAAAGUUUCCGUUUCUGAGUCAAACGUCCUCCUGGAUGAAGAAGUUCUGACUGACCCAAAAAUUCAAGCACUGCUGCUUACAGUUCUUGCCACGCUGGUGAAAUACACCACGGACGAGUUUGACCAGCGCAUCCUCUACGAGUAUUUAGCAGAAGCCAGCGUUGUCUUCCCAAAGGUCUUUCCUGUUGUGCAUAAUUUAUUGGAUUCCAAGAUCAAUACCCUUUUAUCGCUGUGCCAGGAUCCAAACUUGUUGAAUCCAAUUCAUGGGAUUGUGCAGAGUGUUGUCUACCAUGAGGAGUCUCCACCUCAAUACCAAACAUCCUACCUACAGAGUUUUGGAUUUAAUGGGCUGUGGAGGUUUGCUGGUCCCUUCUCCAAGCAAACCCAAAUCCCAGACUAUGCUGAGCUCAUAGUGAAGUUCCUUGAUGCCUUGAUUGACACAUAUUUGCCUGGAAUUGAUGAGGAAACCAGUGAAGAAUCUCUCCUGACCCCCACGUCUCCGUAUCCUCCGGCGGUUCAGAGCCAGCUCAGCAUCACUGCAAACCUCAACCUCUCCAACUCCAUGACCUCACUUGCCACUUCCCAGCACUCCCCAGGGAUCGACAAGGAGAACGUGGAGCUCUCGCCCACCGCCGGCCACGCCAACAGCGGGAGGAUGCGCCACGGCUCCGCCAGCCAAGUACAGAAGCAGCGAAGCGCUGGCAGCUUCAAGCGUCACAGCAUCAAAAAGAUCGUGUGAUUGUCGCUUUUGAAUUUUAUUUUUUAUUUUUGGACCUGACUGACACGCGCGGCCCCUCGCGAAGGGCCCUCCACCGGGUGUGAUGCUGCACUUGAUCUGUACAGUUCCCGUCCCGUCAGCCGUGUCGCCAGAUGAUCAACUCCUGACCCACUGCCCGAGUUAACGCCGUCAUUCCCCCGUGCUCGGCUUCGGCCGGCGCCCAGAGCCACGCGUGUGCCCGGGGGAGGUUGGAGUUCUGUAGCGCUGCAGAGCCGCGUCUUGUUCGAAUCCAAAGCCAUUUCCCAGCCUUGCCGUGUCUGCUCUGGCCUCAGGUGUUCCUGCUAAGGGAAGUGUUGAUCCUUAACCCUGUUUGCACGCCUCAAGGUAGUAGUGGCUUCCUGAGCCGGGGAAGUUUCUCUAACCCUGGUUUUAAUCCAAACCUAUAAGAUUUUAGCUGUGUACUUUUUUUUUAACCACACUGAGAAGUUCAUGAUAGCUGCAGUACAAGGAGCUUAACAGAAGUGGUGGAUUAGGUUAAAUUUCAGGUAAUUAGCAAUAAAGGGGAGAGAAAAAGGAGGCUGCAGGAGUCCCUCGUUCCCCAGACCAAGCUUCACACACUUGGACUGUACAUGGACCAGACUGGACAAACUGGCUUUUUUCCCAAAGCUUUUUCUUUUUUUUUUCUUUUUUUUUCUGUACUUUAUCUGCCCUGAGGAAGUUUUAAAGGGGAGAAUCCCUGGGAACUGACCCUCGGGCUGUCAUUGUAGCACCUGCUUUAGUUCUGCCCUUCCCAACAGUGCUCACCUUUGAGAGCUCCUGGCAGAAUAUCCAGUGGGGAAUGGAGGGAAAAUGGGAUGGGUUCAUUCCUGGCUCUGGGGGAUAGUGUGUGGCAAAGCUGCCCCUGUGCUGCCCUAGCAGGGACAGAAACAGCCACGUCAGCUCAAGGUACAUGCAUUUAAAUUAACUGACACGGUGCCCAGUCCCAGGGACGUCUGGCGGUGGCGCAGUUCCCUCGAAGGGGGUUAAACAAACCUGAGGCUGCUGCCACUGUCGGGCUGCGGGUGGCAGUCGGGCACUGGCUGGGGACGGGCACCCACCACUGAGCUGGUGAGGGAGGAGGCGGCGCCGGUGCUGCUGUGGGUCCCGGUGCCGCCGUGGGUCCCGGUGCUGCCGUGGGUCCCGGUGCCGCUGUGGGUCCCGGUGCUGGUCCUGCUGUGGGUGCCAGUGGCCCGCAGGCACGCGCGGGAUGUCCGAGUUGGGAUGAACUGGAGUUCAGGCAGGGGCUGUGUCCCUGGGGGCUCACACAGCUCCUGCCCAGAAACAGAUCCACUUCCCAGUUUCAGAUCCCUCUGCAGUAGUAGGAAUUAACAAUCCUUCAGUGGCUUUAAAGGAAAAAAAAAGUAUAUCCAUUAGGUAAAAGCCAGUCCUCCAGUGCAAUCGUUAGUGGCUUUCAGUAAAUCAGACUCCACAGCUAAAUUAUUAGAGAAUGGUACAAUUAAGGAUUCCAAUUUAUUGCUAUAGCACAUAAUUCCCAUGUAUCCACACAGUAACAAUGUAACAUUUAUGUAAAUAAAAAUACCUUUAUUGUAUUGAUUCAUAAAAUAACAAUUUCUUUAAUUUGUUUACAGUCCUGGAAAAACUAUGAACACAAACUUCAUAUGCAAAUAGUUUGCCAAAACAAGAGGAAAACUUAGAAUUAGCAGUCAUGGAAUAAACAGGCUAGAAAGAUGAGCUGGUGCAAUUAACCAAAUCCCCUCAUUUGGGUGUGGUGCAGGCGCCAGGGCAGGAACGUGGUCAGUGGUGACACAGAGUGAGCUCUCUAAACAGGGCUGUGAGGCUGAGCUGGGCUCAGGGACAGAGCAGGGGCUCAAGCCUUGGGUUUGGGGUCCCCAGGUUGGAAACCAUUGUCAUCCCACAGCUCAGAUUGUGCGGAGCCACCCCCGCUGUCACUGGGGUUUGCACUGGGUUGUGCCCAGUUGAGCUGGUUACAGCCCUUCUCGUUUUGCUGAGAACAGGGAAUUGUAGGAGCCCAAGGAUCUGUAUGUAAGAGGAAAACAAGAAUCUCAUGUAAAGGUGGUGUGCUGUUCUCAGUUGUUUCUCAUAUGAGCAGGUCUCCUUCAAACAGCAACAGUAAUUCCAGAGGAACUGCCCGACUGAUUUUGUUUGGGCAGAGAGCAAGCCCUUCACUGUUCUGCAUCGCCCAUGUCAGAAGUGUCCCUCCAUCAGAACUGCUGUGUUCUCUGCAGCACAGGGAUGUGGGAACAGAGGGGACAGGGAUGGAAGUCACCUUUCCUAUGAGAACUAUUCCAGGCUCUCAGUCCCAGCUGAAAAAACUGGUCUCUUCAUAAAGUCAGUGAACAAAACUGAGUUUCCUCUUUCUGAGAAGGAGGGAGUUGGUUGGAGUUUUCCCUGUAUGGGAGGUUCAGCGAGAGGGCCUGGUCUCUGGCAGAGCAGAGGUAUCAGACACCUGUGUCAGGUAAUGGGUGAAUUUGGGUGCAAGGACUGCUGAUGGCCAAGGUUUAAUUUGGGAUCAACAGGAACAUUGUCUCCUAGUACUGGUGCUUGGGAAGCUUGUGCUUGGCUCCCAGGGAACCAUGGCCUUUGUGUAAUGAUUAAACUCCCAUCAGUAAUUAGUUGUUGAGUGCCUUACUGUCACUGCAUUGCUCUCCCAUAUCCUUCAGCAGCCGCUGCUGGGAUUUGCCUCUUUUUCUUUCUCACAUCCUCCUUCCUUUUUUCUUCCCCUGUUUGAGCACUCUCCAUCCCACUCCAUCCCUGGGAGCUCUGCUCCCAUCCUGGGCUGCUCCAUCCUCUCUCCACCUGCUGCUCUGUUCUCUGGUGACCAGCAGGUGGGUGGUGACAGUGUGGGUGUGAGCCCUGAUCUGACACGCAGGAGUCCCACCCCAGGGUCCCCAGUGCCACUGUGCUCCGGGCAACCCGCGGGCCACUGGCAGUGCUGCUGCUCCAGGCUGUGCUGCAGGGCUGGAGCUGCAGCCCCAGAGUCCCUGUGCUCUGACAUGAAUACUUCAAGUUCAGAAAAAUCCAAUUGGAACACGUGGACCAUGUAACUCCCAGGGAGCGUGUGUGACCCCCCCUGGCUCAGAGCCCGUUCCCUGCCCCGCACUGACCACAGCUCAGUACUGUAAAGACAAUUAACAUUUUGUUUGUGUUUGUAUUUUCCCUGACUUAAAGAUAACUCAGUAGUAUUUGAAUAGUGCAUAACCUACCUGUAAUGAUGCUGAUGUUUCUGCUUUACCGUGCAUGAGGUUUCCCAGGACAGGGAACAUUUCACUGAGUCUCAUGGGCUGAGCCCCCGGCACGUGCCAGGGCUGGCUCUGACCCGGGUUGUAGGUUUUAGGGCUUUUUCUGUUUCAUUCUAAGGUUAAUUUUUUCCAAAGUCACAAAGCACGUCCUAUUGUUAUGCAACAAACCACAGACAGUCACUCAGAGUGUUGGUCCCACCUUUUUUUUUAUGCAGUAUAUUCACCUGUAAAUAGUUUUUGUGUAAAAUUUGACAGAAAAGUAUAUUUACUACACUGUAAAUACAUGUGACAAUAUAUUGUAUUAUUUUGCUUUUUUUGUAAAGCAGUUAGUUGCUGUAUAUGUAUAACAUACAAAUUUGAUUAUUCUAGUGUUAGUAACUGUUAACUACUCCUCCUCCCUCCUGCUGGUGCGUUUGUCAUUUAAACCAGAAGCUGUGUCCAACACACUCACCUUGUGUAUGAUCUCACUGCUUCCAUCCAGCCUCGGCUUCCCGAGGGUUUUCCGUGGUCGCAGUCCUGGCUGUGCUGUCAGACCGAGGCUGUGAGCUGGAGAGCCCGCUGGUCCCGGCACCGCUGGGAGCUGUGGGUCACAAUGGUGGAAACCUGGUUUCAGAUAAUUAUUGUUCACCCCAUUCUCCCCUCAUGUAUGUACAUCCCCCCUUUUUUUGAAGUAAAAUGUAAAUUCAACCUGC